AUGGGCGCUUGCGCUCUGUGGAACACGGAAGUGCAGCGCCCUGGUAGUUUUGACGGACUCGUGCUGUUCGAGCCAGUGUUUGGAGAUAUGAACGUCGACCCGGUCACAGACUUCCUGGUGUCGAUCACGCUGCAGCGUGAGUCUUCGUGGCCGACGCGCGAGGCAGCAGAGACUCAUCUUCGCUCUUUUAACAACUUCUCCGCUUGGGAUCACGAGUCCUUGGAAGCGUAUAUUAAAGGCGGUCUGAUCGAAGACAAGUCAACGGGACGGACCAGUCUGGCGUGCAGUCCUGCCAUGGAAGCCUCGUUGUACUGCCACAAACUUAUGUACUGCCCCGACGAGCAGCUCGCCCGUGUCAAGUGCCAAGUCUUCUUCCACAGCGGAGCUCGUUCCAAGAUGUUCCUGCCGUCGUUAUUUGAGGAGAUGAACGAGAAGUGGCCUCACAUUUAUUCCGUGGGGAAACCCAUUCCGCGCUGCUCGCAUGUUAUGGUCGUGGAGAAACCAGAGGCUGUCGCGCAAAAAAUACUCGAGAGUUUGAGUGAGCUCGAACCGUACCGUUCGACCUUAUAUCACUCGCGUCUGUAAAGUCCGGGAACGUUUCUGUCAGGAAGCAUUUUGUCUCACGUACAUGUCCGUAAACCGGUCGGUACCAGUACAGUAGUACUCUGUGCUCUUAUUAAUAA